AUGGGUUCUUCUCCUUCCAAAGCCACUGGAGAGGAUGCCCUGGUUCUUUGCAAGGAUCGGAUGCGCCAUAUCAGACAAGCCAUUGACUCAAGAGAUGCACUGUCAGCAGCGCACUUAUCUUACACACAAUCCCUCCGUACCGUGGGUACUGCAUUGCGGCAGUAUGCUGAGUCUGAGAUCUCACCAGAAUCAUCACUCUCCAUUUCAGAAGUGGAUAAGUCGCCAUCACAUUCCUCUAUGGCAUCUCCCUCGCCUUCGCGUGCAGUAGAGAAUCUUGCCUCUCCGGCGCAUCGAGCAAGUCCAUUGUCUACUCAGCCCUCAACAAGAAUCCAUUGCAUGAAAGCAGCAGCAACCACUCCUUUGACCUUUGUGAUUGAUCCAUCUGCUGCUGAAUUUGUGGGCCAUGAAUCUCCAGUCUCAGCUUUUGUCCCACCCCCGCCACCAUUGCCUCCAGAAUUAUGCACGUCGUGGGACUUCUUUGAUCCCAUUGAUGCUGCUGGUAGCUCUUCCUCCAACAACGAGAAUGGGGUAACCUUGAACUUCAGUAGAUUGAAGGGUCUAAGUGAGUCACGGGUAGCUGAAGUAGUUCCAUUGAAAGAAGGUGAAGAAGAAAUCAUGUCUGACAGAAGGCAUACAGAGCUUCCUGAUGAUAAUGCACCAUUUAAGCAGGAAAGAGAGCCAAAGCAAGGUGGGACUAGGAAACCAAGUCAGUUGGUGGAUACUUCAACCAAAGCUACUUCAGAGCAGGUUGCUGCAAAGUUGGAGGAAAGCGAAAUGGAAAAAGAAUUAUGUGCAGAGGCAGAGGAUCCUUCAGAGUUCAUCACUCAUCGAGCCAAAGAUUUUGUGUCGAGCAUGAAGGACAUUGAAUCCCGGUUUAUGCGUGCAGCUGAAGCAGGAAAUGAGGUUUCCAGAAUGCUUGAAACCAAGAAGAUCAGACUUGACAUAUGUGCUAAAAUGCCAGGUUCUCCAGGCAAGCUACCUACUGCUCGAUUUGUGUCAGCACUUCGAGUGUGCUGCAAUCGUGAUGUUAUUCUCAACCAGGAAACUGCACAGCAUGUCUCAAAGGUUGUCACAUGGAAGCGUUCUGUCUCAUCUCUUUCAUCAUCAUCUAAGAGUGCACUUAUGACAUCAAUAAUUAAAGAUGAUGUGGAUGACAGUAAUAGUGAUUUUGUUGAGGAAUUCGCCAUGGUAUCUGGAAGCCACUCUUCUACGUUGGACAGGCUACACGCAUGGGAGAGAAAACUAUACGAUGAAAUCAAGGCAAGUGAAAAUGUUAGAAAGGCCUAUGAUGAGAAAUGUAACCUCCUCCGGCGCCAAUUUGCACGAGGCCUAAAUGCGCAGCUGAUUGAUAAGACUAGAGCUGUUGUGAAGGACCUCCAUUCCAGGGUAUCUGUUGCGAUUCAAGCUGUUGAUGCAAUCUCCAAAAGAAUUGAGAAGAUAAGGGAUGAAGAACUGCAGCCACAGCUUGUCGAGCUAAUUCAAGGGCUAAUCAGAAUGUGGAAAUUGAUGCUGGAAUGUCACCACAAACAGUUCAUCACGAUCACAUUGGCAUACCAUGUGAAAAACUCAACCCCGGUGCAUCAAGCUUCAGAAACUGGGUCACUGCUCACAAAUCGUAUGUCGAGGCCCCUCAAUGCAUGGCUCCAGAAGUGUCUCCUGCAGCCACCCCAGGAUCGGCACAGGCGCAAGCGCAAGGUCUCCUUCCUCCUCGCCAGGCCGUCUCCCUCCCAUAUUCAUCCUCUGCAGGGACUGGCUCGCCAUGACAGAAUCUCUCCUGCUGCUGACGAGCUAUGCAAGUCCCUCAAAGAUGUGAUGCAGCUCCUCCGUGACUCGUUUGAGCACCACGACGAGCAGAACAAGCCCAGAAGCGAGUCGCAGGAAUGUGGGAUGCUGGAGAACAAUAGCGAGCAGGAGGCGGCGAAGAGUGGGAGUGUAGCAUCAGCUGAAGGGCUGCAGUCAAGACUAACGGCGGUUCUUGACCGCCUGACAAAGUUCUCAGAGGCAUCACUGAAGUGCUACGAGGAGCUCAAGCAGAACUAUGAGAUGGCCUGUGCUGACUAUAAGAGAGUUGGACCAAAUGCUCAGCUUGCUUAG